UACGUUCUGAAAGAUGGCAGCUUCCAGGGUGCACACACGGUGUUUAUGUUGUUUGCAAAAAUUAUUCCCCAAGCCCAAGCUGAAUCCCAAGUUAAUAUUAAAUAAUUUCUCAUCUAAUUUUAACCUUGUUAAGUCUAGGGCGGUUUCGUCUGUUCUAAGUAAAGAUGGUUGGGGAAAAGGGGCCAAGUUUGAACCAUUUCAGGUAAUGGUCGAAAGGAGGAGGAGUGAAGCAUCCAGAAGUAUUCUCUUUUUCUUGUCUGAGAGAUCUUGUCUUGAAAACUUAAUAGAAUAUUGUAACAGUCAUGGAAAAGUUCAGAAUUGUUUUGAAUUUUACCAGAAUGCGUACUUUGCAGUUGUAGAAUUCAAGAAAAAGGAGAGUGUUAAAUUAAUUCAGGAAAGAGUUUAUAGUUCCAGAGGAAUAGGAAGGUUUAAUGAUGAGUUGAUACAGAACAGAUUACUCAAGUACAACAUUAAGUCCAGCCAGGCCUCAACAAUCAGACCAAAAAACAUUGUCAACAAAGACUUUCCUAAUUCCCAACUAAUCAAAACAGUUUGUCAUGGAGAUUCGAAUAGAAGAUGCCUGUCGCAAAAUGUUUCCAGAAUGUGAAGUAUUGCCUUUUGGGUCAUCGGUCAAUAAUUUUGGAAAGCGAAAUUGUGAUGUUGAUAUGUUUAUCGAUCCAAAGAUUGGCCACGGUAUGAUUCCAGUGGCGCAGAGUGCUAAGAAAUUCAAGGUAGAAUAUGAUCAAAGCUCUGCAGACAACGAACGUAUAGCCACGCAGAACACACUUAGGACUUUGUCAAAAUAUCUUGAAAAGUGUGUUCCGCAUUGUACCAAUGUGCUGAAGAUUCUACACGCAACAUGUCCACUGGUCAAGUUCAAGCAUCAGGCCCUUGGACUAUCAUGUGACCUUACUGCAAACAAUCGAGGUGCUAUUGACAGCUCGGAAAUGCUGUACAUUUUCAGCAAACUGGAUAAACGGGUACAACCACUAGUGUUUCUAAUACGACAUUGGUGUCGGUAUCAUGGACUCACGAAUAAAAAUCCAGGGCAGUGGAUCACCAACUAUCCUCUAACACUUCUUGUUGUUGUAUUCCUACAAACGAGGCGAGUGCCAAUCUUGCCAAAACUGGUGGAUUUAAUCAACGCAGAUUUAUCUUUCGACGACAUUGACUAUUCAUUUCCUGAUUUAAAAGGUUUCCCACAUCAAGCAGAUGACACAAGCUUAGCCGACCUACUCCAUGAAUUUUUUGUUUUCUGUACAAAAUUUGAUUUUGGUAACCAAGGACUAUCUGUACGGCAUGGCUCAGUAUUCCACAACGACUCUCGUUUUCCGUUGUUUAUUGAAAACCCACUAGUGUACCAUUUGAACUGUUGUAAAAAUGUCACUAAAGCACUUGUCACCAAAUUGAGGUCAUCUGCAGCUGAGGCAUUGUGGGUAAUGGAUCAGCCUGGAUUUUUGGAUUCAACACCUUGGGGAAUCGGCAUGUUGUUUUUAACUCCGAGAAAACUAGAGAAAAUCCAGAAAGAGCAAAAUGUUGCCGCAUUUGGUAAACGUGUAGGACGUGUUCUUGGUUUGUUUCCAAAUUAAACGAAUGCAAAUCUCUAUGGCAGUAAUGGUGGAUUCAAAGAGCCAUUUUAAGUCAUUACUUGACCUAAUUUGCAUAAUUGAGACGUCAAGGUAUCGACAACAUAAUGCCAAUGAAUGAAUUACAGACAAAUUUUUAUGUGGUUGUUGUUAUUCUAUCUUCCAGAAUACAUAAGAGAUGUAAGAACUGUUAUUGCAGUCUAAAGUAUAAAUUCUCAUUUGCAUUAAGAAAUUAUUUUGUAGAUUACGUUUUUUUUUUUAUUCCCAUCUUGCAAAUUAUUCUGAGAAUAUUGAAGAUUUACACACUAUGUUAUAGUAUAUGAUAUUAUUUUUGAAACAAAUUUGUUGAAUAUGUCUAGUUGGAUAACAAGCUGCAGCUUUGUAGGUGGUUAUGUAUCGGAAACAUUUAAGCUAUGUUCACAACAUAUCCUGGAUCCGAAUCUGGAGCUAUGGAUCUGAGAGCCAUUUCUAUCGUGAAAUCGUACAUUUUUUUUUCGUUAGACCAAUCAGCUAGAAGCUUGGUUGGUUCGAAAUAAUCAAACGCAUACGUACUUGACCCCGAAUAACCGUGUUCCGUGCACGAUGUGAAUGCAGUGUUAAAAUAAAAAUAACAACUCACGAUUUCUUGUCCGGGCUGUGGACCGUAUUCAGGUGCUUGAUGUGAACAUAGCUUUAUGCUAAUGUUAAACACUGUCCACAUUAUCAAUUUUUCUUUGACAAAAAAACUGUUGCAUGUCCAUAUAUAGUCAUGAUGUAUCCAUAUUGAAGCAACUCAAUCGAAACGUCAUGACAUUCUCAACAAACAACAUUUCUUUU